AUGAAAGUACCCUUCUCUGCACAUAAUCAAAGCAACCAAACUGUGAGCUCAAAGCCAGUGAAUUGCACCAUCAAUACCACCCCAAACACCACUUUACAAGACAUCACCACGCCCACCAGCUUCCCCUACGAGCCUAAAUCGGUUCUUGAACUCCGGGGUAGUCCGAGUCCUGUUGCUGAUAAAAAACCUGCAUCUGAUACUGAUAAUUCAACAGUUUUGGACGAUCAUUUCCAGCUGGAAGAUCAUGUGCUGAGCCACCAGUUUGAUGAUUUGGAUUCUUUCAUGAGAGAGUUUGGUUUGAACGACGAUUCCAGCCCAGUUUCAAAACCCAUUUAUCAACACAGUAUUAGCAGUGAGCCUCAAACUCUAACUCAAUAUUCGUCUCUCCAAGAAUUUCCACCUAAUAGCUCGUUCGAUUCAACUCAGUUUGUGCCAUCAGAUUUUGGUCUUUUCUCUGAUAUUUCCACAUACAAUACUGCACCUUUGGGCCAUAAUACUAACGUCGUCAACACAUUUGAUGUCUCUACUGAUAUUCAAUCCUUCAAUGAUAACAACUGGAACGUGGGAUUCAAUUAUGUGGACGACUUAAUCCAACUAGCAGAGUGCUUCGAUACCAACUCGCUCCAACUAGGGCACGUGAUAUUAGCACGGCUGAAUCAACCUUUGAGGUCUCCAAUAGGAAAGCCUCCUCAGAGAGCUGCCUUCUACUUCAAGGAAGCCCUUCAAUCCCUAUUCACAGGGUUCACUCAGCCCACUCACCCUGCCAGUACUUCAGAAAUUAUCCAGACAAUCAAAGCACAGAAGACCUUCUCAAGCGUCUCUCCAAUUCCCAUGUUCUCCAGCUUCACGGCUAAUCAAGCCUUGCUCGAAGCCACAGAUGGCUGCACUCAUGUCCAAGUCAUCGACUUUGACAUCGGGCUUGGAGACCAAUGGGCUUCCUUCAUGAAAGAACUAGCCAGUAAAGCAGAUUCUCGUAAAACACCACCACCCGUGCUCCGAAUAACAGCUAUAGUUCCUGAAGAGUAUGCAACUGAAUCAAAGUUGAUCGCAGAGAAUUUAACUCAGUUUGCACAUGAACUGAAUAUAAAAUUUGAUAUAGACUUUGUUUCAAUACGGAGCUUUGGAUAUUUAUCUUUCAAAGCAAUCAAGUUCAUGGAUGUAGAAAAAAUUGCAGUUCUUUUAUCUCCAGCCAUAUUCCAACAAAUAGGGACAGGGUUUCUGAAUGAUCUCCGCCAUGUUCCGCCGCAUGUGGUGGUGCAUGUGCAUAGUGAAGGGCAGAUGGGGUUUGGAACCUCGUCCUAUCGUCAAACUGUGUUUGGCGGGCUGGAGUAUUACACCGACCUCUUAGAGUCACUGGAGGCAGCAAAUGUAAACGGUGAUGGCAGUGAUUGGAUGAGGAGGAUUGAGACUUUUGUGCUGUUUCCCAAGAUUCUCAAGGCAGUGGAGGCUGCUGGCCACCAGGGGCCGCCAUGGAGGCAGGCUCUGGUGGCAGUGGGGUUGAGGCAGGUGGGGCCGAGUCAAUUUUCAUACCUUCAAGCUGAGUGCUUACUAAGGAGGAUGCAAGCAAGAGGAUUCCACGUGGCAAAGCAUCAAGAGGAGAUGCUGCUUUACUGGCAUGACAAGCCACUCUUUGCAACGUCAGCUUGGAAGUUUUAA